UCCCUUGGCCCUCUGGCCUCAGCUUCCUCAUAUGUGAAAUGAAGGCAGAGGACUAGAGAAUAUCCUGGGUACCUUCUAGGUCUAAAAUCCUAGAUGCUGUGAUCCUAGGGAAGAGAAACGUUCAACAUGGAGUCGUCUGAGGACAGCCCUGGAAAAAGCCGAGUCUUUGAUUUCCAUGAAAAAAUAAGGAUGCUUCAGGGAAUGAUAUUCUGCCGCUUCAUAUUCAUCAUAGUGCAUCUUUGGAUUUUCCCUCCAUCCCUCCCUCCCUUCUGAAAGUCUCCCCCUCUCCCCCGGACAGACAGGGCUGUUCCAAUGCCUGGCAGAGUGAAGGGAGGGAGCCAGUUACAGCGUGGUAUGCACCAGCAGCCCUGAGCUGCACGCAGCAGUGCCCCUCCCUCCGCAGGAGAGUUGGGGAGGGAUGAAAGAGCCAGGCAGGAUGGCGCGGUCGAAGCUGAAGAAUUCCCCAUCAGAGAGCAAGGCUGGCCAGGCAGCCACACCGGGAGAAGAGCCCUACGGGAUCAGCCCCCUGCUGCCGGCUCACAGGAUGGGCUCCCAGGGCAGUGACAUCUGCCAGAGGGUACAAGUAGAGUUCUAUGUCAAUGAGAACACGUUCAAAGAGAGACUCAAGCUGUUCUUCAUAAAAAACCAAAGAUCCAGCCUGAGGAUCAGGUUGUUCAACUUUUCUCUAAAGCUUGUCACCUGUCUCCUGUACAUUGUCCGAGUCCUCCUCGAUGACCCAGUCCAGGGCAUUGGAUGCUGGGGCUGUCCCAAACAGAACUAUACAGUAUUCAAUCAGUCAUCACCAGAGAUUGAUUGGGCCCCAAUCUUAUGGGUAGAGAGAAAAAUGACUCUCUGGGCACUUCAGGUCAUUAUAGCAUUAAUAAGUUUUCUUGAGACAAUGCUUCUCAUCUAUCUCAGCUACAAGGGAAACAUUUGUGAACAGAUCUUCCGAGUUUCUUUCAUCUUGGAAAUGAUCAACACAGUACCAUUUAUCAUCACGAUUUUCUGGCCUCCCCUGAGGAAUUUGUUCAUCCCAGUUUUUCUGAACUGCUGGCUGGCCAAGUAUGCCCUGGAGAACAUGAUUAAUGACUUCCACAGGGCCAUCCUGAGGACACAGUCUGCCAUGUUUAACCAAGUUCUGAUCCUCUUCUGUACCCUCUUGUGUCUCCUUUUUACUGGAACCUGUGGUAUUCAGCACCUGGAGAGAGCAGGUGAUAACCUCUCUCUCCUCAAGUCUUUUUAUUUCUGCAUUGUCACCUUCUCUACUGUGGGCUAUGGAGAUGUGACCCCCAAAAUCUGGCCAUCCCAGCUCCUGGUGGUCAUCAUGAUCUGUGUGGCCUUAGUUGUCCUCCCACUCCAGUUCGAGGAGCUUGUCUACCUCUGGAUGGAGCGACAGAAGUCUGGGGGUAAUUACAGCCGCCACCGAGCCCAGACAGAAAAACAUGUUGUCCUUUGUGUCAGCUCUCUCAAGAUUGAUCUCCUCAUGGACUUCCUGAAUGAGUUCUAUGCUCACCCUCGCCUCCAGGACUAUUAUGUGGUGAUCCUUUGCCCAACGGAGAUGGACAUUCAGGUGCGCCGGGUUCUGCAGAUCCCUCUGUGGUCUCAGAGGGUCAUCUAUCUCCAGGGCUCAGCACUCAAAGAUCAAGAUCUCUUGAGGGCCAAGAUGGACAAUGGGGAAGCCUGCUUCAUCCUCAGCAGUAGGAAUGAGGUGGACCGAACAGCAGCGGACCACCAGACCAUCCUGAGAGCCUGGGCAGUGAAGGAUUUUGCUCCCAACUGUCCCCUGUAUGUUCAGAUUUUGAAACCAGAGAAUAAGUUUCAUGUCAAAUUUGCUGACCACGUGGUGUGUGAAGAAGAAUGUAAAUAUGCCAUGCUGGCCUUAAAUUGCAUCUGCCCAGCCACCUCCACGCUCAUCACCCUGCUGGUCCACACAUCCCGGGGACAGGAAGGUCAGGAUUCACCAGAGCAAUGGCAGCGGAUGUACGGCCGAUGCUCAGGGAAUGAAGUUUAUCACAUCCGAAUGGGAGACAGCAAGUUCUUCAUGGAGUAUGAGGGCAAGAGCUUCACCUAUGCAGCCUUCCACGCCCACAAAAAAUAUGGUGUGUGCCUGAUUGGGCUGAAACGGGAGGAAAAUAAAAGCAUCUUACUGAACCCAGGCCCACGGCACAUCAUGGCUGCUUCUGAUACCUGCUUCUAUAUCAACAUCACCAAGGAGGAGAACUCAGCCUUCAUCUUCAAACAGGAAGAAAAACAGAAGAGGCAGGGUUUCCCAGGGCGAGGCCUCUAUGAUGGACCCUCAAGACUGCCAGUCCAUAGCAUCAUUGCUUCCAUGGGUACAGUAGCCAUGGAUUUGCAGAGCACUGAUUGUCGGCCCACAAAUAGUAGCAAACUCACACUGCCCACAGAAAAUGGCUCGAGCAGCCGUAGGCCCAGCAUUGCCCCAGUCCUGGAGCUGGCAGACAGCUCUUCCCUCCUCCCCUGUGACCUCCUCAGUGACCAGUCAGAGGAUGAAAUGACGCCAUCUGAUGAUGAGGGACUCACCAUGGUAGAAUAUGUGAAAGGUUACCCUCCCAACUCGCCAUAUAUUGGAAGCUCGCCUACUCUGUGCCAUCUGCUCCCCGUGAAAGCCCCUUUCUGCUGCCUGAGAUUAGAUAAGGGAUGCAAGCACAACAGUUAUGAAGAUGCUAAAGCUUAUGGCUUUAAGAACAAGUUAAUCAUAGUCUCAGCAGAGACUGCUGGAAAUGGGCUGUAUAACUUCAUUGUUCCACUCCGGGCAUAUUAUAGAUCUAGAAAGGAGUUAAAUCCAAUAGUUUUACUUUUGGACAACAAGCCAGAUCACCAUUUCCUUGAAGCCAUCUGCUGUUUCCCCAUGGUCUACUAUAUGGAAGGCUCUGUAGAUAACCUGGAUAGCUUACUACAGUGUGGUAUCAUAUAUGCUGACAACCUGGUCGUCGUGGACAAGGAGAGCACCAUGAGUGCUGAGGAAGACUACAUGGCAGAUGCCAAAACCAUUGUAAAUGUGCAGACCAUGUUCCGGUUGUUCCCAAGUCUCAGCAUCAUAACUGAGUUGACCCACCCAUCCAACAUGAGAUUCAUGCAGUUUCGGGCUAAAGACAGCUAUUCACUGGCCCUUUCCAAGCUGGAAAAGAGGGAGAGAGAGAAUGGCUCCAAUCUGGCCUUCAUGUUCCGCCUGCCAUUUGCAGCAGGCAGAGUUUUCAGCAUUAGCAUGCUGGAUACCUUGCUCUAUCAGUCAUUUGUGAAGGACUACAUGAUCUCAAUUACAAGGUUAUUGCUGGGUCUUGACACAACCCCAGGAUCAGGAUACCUCUGUGCUAUGAAGAUCACAGAUGAUGACCUGUGGAUCCGGACCUAUGGCCGCCUCUUUCAGAAGCUCUGCUCUUCCAGUGCUGAGAUCCCCAUUGGCAUCUAUAGGACAGAGUCCCACAUGUUUUCCACGUCAGAGCCUCAUGACCUCAGAGCCCAGUCCCAAAUCUCCGUUAAUGUGGAGGACUGUGAGGACACCAAGGAUGUAAAGGAGUCCUGGGGUAGUAGGUCAGGGAGUGGAACCAGCCAUCACCGCCCUCACCGCAACUCCUGCACCAGCGACCAGUCAGAUCAUCCCCUCCUCCGGCGCAAGAGCAUGCAGUGGGCGCGCAGGCUCAGUCGCAAAGGUCACAAGAACACGAGCAAGACAGCGGAGUGGAUCAACCAGCAACGUCUGAGCCUCUACCGGCGGUCAGAGCGGCAGGAGCUGUCAGAACUCGUCAAAAACCGAAUGAAGCACCUGGGGCUCCCCACCACGGGCUACGAGGAUGUAGCAAAUUUAACAGCCAGUGAUGUGAUGAAUCGUGUAAACCUUGGAUAUUUGCAAGAUGAAAUGAAUGACCACCAGAAUACACUGUCCUAUGUCCUCAUCAACCCUCCACCAGACACAAGACUGGAACUGAAUGACAUCGUGUAUCUAAUUCGAUCGGACCCCUUAGCCCACGUAACCAAUGACACACACAGUCGGAAAAGCAGUUGCAGUAAUAAGUUGGACCCAUGCCACCCUGAGACACGAGAUGAGACACAACUUUGAGGUCAACAAUAGCUGCCUCCGCCACCACUAAUGCAUGGAACUUCCCAUCAUCCGGAUUUGCCUUUGGUUUGACUCUCCAGAGGCAGAAGAAACAGGCAAGGGGUGGAAGGACCAAUGAUGACCCAUGGACUCUAUGGAGUACUGAGCUACUUGCCUGGCUGAGGACUCCAGAGCUGACCUCCAUGAAGAAAAAUAACCAUACUGCAGCCAUCAUGGGGGAACGCCUCAGAAAGGAAGUUCCUUCACCUUCAAAACUCCAGGGUGAGAUCUCACCUGCCUAGGACAGCCAGGAGCUGUUCAAGUUAUUGUUUUUAACUUUUUUUAAUUUUUAAACAUAUGAUAUAUGUAUCUCUACAUAUGUGUACCGCAACUAGUGAAACCAUCCUGGCUGGGACAGAAAGGAGUGCCUCAGAACGAUAGACUGGAGACAGCAAAAUGUACCAGAGCACAGUUUGUUCAAAGAAUUAAAGAACUAUGCAUAGGGUGAACCUCAGGGAGAGAGAGAGAAGGAGGUUAUAUCAGGUAGGAAGAAAUUGGUGUAGUGGUCUUGGAACCAUUCACAUUAUCCUGAUAUGCCACCUGUCUCUGGCACAAGAAAAUGAGAGUUGCAGGGUUGGGAGGGAGAGGGGGAGAAAGAGUCAGAUUUUAGAAAACAAGCACUUUGAACUUUAGUUCUAAUUGAUACUGGCCAGGGAAAAUACUGGGUCUCUCUUAAAAACAUGGGAAGGGAAAGCCUCAAGAUGCAAUCACAACAAGCUAAAAGAGACAACCCAGCUCCAGAAUCAGACUUGAUGGGUGCAAUUCAGCAGGUGAGCUGUGCAGUUCAGAAGCCUCAAUGCUUCAGGAGAGAUCCAGGGGCACUCAUAGAAAACUCGGUGAAUUAUAAUUAUUUGGGAAGGUGGAAAAGGAGCAGCAGUUGUUAAGGUACCAGACUUUUAAGUCUUGGAAAGUCUAAGGGAAGCUGCGUUGAAUUCUAUCAUUCUCUCCUACUCUGAUCCUCCAAAUUUCCAACCGAUAUCUCAUUUAUGACCCCUCAGCCCUAAAGAAGCAAUUCUAUCUUCCCACAGUAUGUGGGACUGACUUGUAAGAGAAGAAAUAAUAAGAGUAAUAACAGUAAUUUGUCAUCUACCCCAGGGUAGUGUCACUAAAGUUUUGAAGGCCUCAUCUCUUUUCUUUCCUCUUUCUAACUGAAUCAGUCAGUCAGUCAGUCAGUCCUUAAUGAGCACUUACUUGGUGCAAAGUCCUUGGCUAGAUAUAGAUGAGUAAAGCGUGUUCCCUGCCCUCAGGGAGUCUGCAGUCUAAUUAGAGAGUCAUGACAUAAUUCUCUUCUCUUACCCUCACUGAAAAUCAGAGCAGGAAGGGACAUGGCAGGCCAGUACAGUCCAAACCUAAAAUCCCUUCUCCCACCUUCCCAGUCAAUCGUGAUCCAGCUUCCUCUUGAAGACUUCUCUUGAGAGCCUCCCAAAGCAUCUCAUCCCUCAUUUGCAUGUCUUUCAGUUUUUUUUCUGUUUUUUUUCCUCCCCAUCCUCUGCUUCCCUAGUCCUGCCAAUGGCCUCCUCUGGAACCUACCUUCACUCUCCUUCAAACUAGCCAAGUUAGUGCCCCCUGGAAUAUGUACAAAACCUUUUGAAUUUGUAUUCAGAGGAAAGGAGAUGUAGGCCCUUGGGGAAGGUAUUACAUUCUGAUGGCACUAGAGAGAUGCCCCCAGGAUAUGAAAAGGGAGAACAAAACCCUCCCUUGCUUUGGAAGAAAUUUGACUCAUCAGACCUAGGAGUUUAAUCACAUUUUUGACAUCUCUGUUAUGAGAACUGGCAAGUUAUAGCCAAUUGUAUGCAAUUGGCUAUAUGGAAAUAUGGAAAACAAGGUCAAAUGCUGAGUAAUGGCCUACGAGAGAGAUGAGGCAAAUAGAAAGGAGGAAUUAGCCUCUAAAGGGCCUUGUUCUCAGAUUCUAGGACACAUGGUAACAUGGUUAGCUGGGUCAAUGACAUUUCUUGGGAAAAGAGACAAAAGUUACAUAUUUUGUGAGAUUAUCAAAAGCACUGAAUUUUUAAAGUCUGGAGUGUUUCUUAGGAUACCAGCAGGCAGAUGGAUGGAUGAGAUGACUUUAAUAUCAAAAACAAAGAAAAGAGGGGAAAUAGUAUAAAGCACAAUUUCUACCCCAGAGCUACGUGAUGAUAUCAAGCUGUUGAGAAAUUUUUCUAUUUAAACACAAGAAAACUAGGAUUCUUACUGACUAUUCAUAAUCAGGAAUUUCUGAAUUCCAUACAGGAAAUAAGUAUUUUAAUUAGGCAUGUUGUUGGUUUUAAGGUCAUUGCUGGAUCUUUUUCAUUACACUGAUUUUUCAUUACAUUAACCUACUACCAUUAAGCUACAUUCUAGUCCUUCCAAGAAAAGUUAAGGCUUAGAACAAGUUAGCCCUUGAUCACCAGUAUGUCUUGAGAGAUUCACAUUCCUAGACUUCCUUGUCCCCAGUUCUCAUGGCACCUCAAUGUCAAUCCCAAAGACAAGGCUGUUUGAGCCUUUCUGUGACAGGGAAUUGUACUGGUGCUGCUGUUUGCCCUGGGCUUGGGUCAGGGGCAUUUCCCUGGGUCAUGUUUCAGGAUGUACUCCUUUGAAUCUGGGGCAGUGGCUGGAGGAGCAGGCCAGUUGGAACCAUAGUUACCUGGGUCAGGUCAUGGUUCUUUGAGCCUGAGCAGUGUGGAUAUCAAUUCCCUUCUGCAGCCUAAUUCUGACUCUGAUCCUGUGGAUUUUUAAAAAUUCAAAAGUAUAUAUUUUAUACAUAUUGAUGUAUCUAUCAGACCUAGGCAAGCUUUGCUGCUAAAUGGACCUCCUGUAUCAGGAAUCCUCAGAAGGGGAGCCUCGAGGCAGAAGCUAAGACUCAGAUUUAGAAGAAAAAGGUCACAUCUGUGAGUAGCUGCCCCUCUGGAGGACAGAUAGAUGUCUCUAAUUCAUUACCAAAGAACCUAAAGUUAAGACUGGCUCCUCUCUAUCAUAAUUGCCAAUUCCCCACAUUCUUCAUCAAAAUAAGGGAUCACCACUUGUCCAUUAUCAGCUGGUUGAGCAAGUUGGUCUCACUCACACUACUAAAGUGGAACAGCACCGUGCUGGGUAGUGGUAUUAGUCAGCAAGCUGGAGAAAAAUGGAUUCAGCUGAAUUUGACUGGGUUCAUAUGGGACGUACUGGGAGGAUAUGCAAGUGGUUAUCACUGUGAGACCUUUGAAAUCUUUGCUACCUUUCUUCUGGUAGUCUUUAUUCCUCCAUAUACAUUCAUUGACUCAGUCAAUAAUCUCUUUAGCACCUAAGAACCAUGCAGUUCCAAGAACUAUGAAGUAAGUAUGAACAUAAGACACAAGACUUAUUUAGUGUUUAGAAUUAUGAUUUCAGUGAUAUAAGGAACUCCCAGAUGAAGAAACUCCUAACAAUAUAAAGUCAGCCCCUUCCCUGCAACUUAAAAUCUUAAAGAACUAUCUAGAGCAUUGAGAAAUUGUGGUUUGCCAGGGUCUCCCAGCCAAGAUGUGUCAGAGGCAUGACUUUAACCAGGGAGAUUCACCAGCAGAGAACAACAUGAAACAAACAUGCACAGGAAAGAAAAGAUAACAAAACUAAGAAAUAUAGAGUCUGUCCCAAAAGAGGAGAGAGAGAGAGAGAGAGAGAGAGAGAGAGAGAGAGAGAGAGAGAGAGAGAGAGAGAGAGUCAGUCCUGAGGGGUUCAGAUGGGAGAAAGAUAUGAACAAAAGCUUAGAGCCAUGUUGGCAAACCUGUGGCAUGUGUACCAGAGCAUGCCAGAGGGGGCUACUCCCUUCCUCUCUCCACUGCACUUGAGGACAUUUCUAACUUCUCCCAUCCCUCUGCCCAGCAGCCCAAUGGGAGCACUUCCUCCCUCUCUUGUCUGGGGUAAGGCAGGGGAGAGGGCACUUGGUCUCUAAAAGGUUCACCAUCACUGGCCUAGAGAAAGAGAGGAACCUAGAUGAACCAGAGUAUUCCUGCUGGAGAGCAGUAAUGCAUAUGAAAUUCUGGAGACCUUUAAGAUGGUUAUACAGUCUUUCUUUUUAAAUAACUUGUUGAAAGUCCUGCUCUUUAAGCUAUUUGAAAUAAGCCACAGCCAGUAAAUAUGCUUUUCUCUCAGAGUAUCACACUUCUGCACUAUUUCCCCCAGGCAUUUCCAGAUCUUCCCCAUGCCAAAUCAUCUACCUGUAUGCAGGACCUAGGGAGUAAAAGAUCCUUGUAUCUCAUCCUGACCAACAUGUGUUAAAUUCUCAAUUUCUCCUAACCCCCUUUUCUCUUUCCCUCUCCAGAAAGGGGGUGUUGGUAGUGGUUAGUUUUUCCCCAAUAUGUAAGACUAAUUCUGCUCUCCUGAUACUUGACCACAAACAAACUCCUGAAAACAGACCCUUUGAUUAUGUGAAAAAGAGAGAGAAUCUUCUUCAGGCAGAGGCUAUCAGCUUACUUUUCCUCCUUCCAAAUAGGGAAACAGAGCCAUUCCCACCUCAAAGCCAAUAUGAUGCCUUGUGAGAGAGCCAUAGGUCAUUCUGCACACAAACUAAACUGGAAUUCUUUUCAGAGGCAUGUUCAUACCUCAAAACAGCUCAGCGAGGGUAUACAACUAUGGAAAGGCCACUCCUUGAAAGGCCAGCCAUAGGGGUUUCUGGAGUGCCUGGAUUUUACCAGGGUGCAUCUUAUAUGAAAGCUAGGUAGAUGGAUUAGCUCGUAGACAGUGCUGCCCCCAAGGGUGUGGAGAUCUCCAUCUCUAAGUGCCACUCAGUGUUACCCCAUCUGGCUCCUUGGGAAACCAUUCUUACAAGGAGCACUUACAUUUUCAGAUCACUGGAGAGGUGCCAUUAAUAAGUGCCUGAAAUUACUGCCAGGGAUACACUUGUGAGUUCAGAUUUUUUCAUUCCCCAUUCUUUUCCAUACCCAGCAUCAAAGAUUCCUCUGGACCUUAGUCUCAUCAGUGAAAUGACAAAUGUCCAGCUUGAUGAUUACUGAGGUGUAGUCUAGCUCUGAAUAUUAUGAUCCUGUGAGCCCUUUCUCCCUUGCUCACAUGAAGAAGGAAACAAAAGCCUUUCCCUUCCCAGUUCCCUGUAUUUCCAAGGUGAUUAAGUUUUCAUUGUUAGGUUUGUUCAUUUUUAAAAAGCUGAGUUCAUUCUGCCAGUCCCAGAGGAAGGGAUGCCAGGGAGGAGGUCUAUAGUAGGAUGAUGUCCAAACAAGCAGAUAGCUGGCCUUCUUCCUGCAGAUUUGGGACUUGUUGUAGGGUGGAGUCGAGGGGAAAAUAGUUUAGUUCAAUUUGGAUCCAUUAAAGGAAACUCAAACAGCCUGGAUUGGAACCAGGUCAAAUAUAAUUUCAUUUAAAAAAUACAAGGGAGGGAAGUUGGGAGAGGAGGCAAGGAGGGAUUGCUGUGGCUAAAGACAACAAACUCAUUCCAUUUUCCUGUGAUCCUGAUCAUAACCGGAGCAGCACCCUCAGAAUGCAUCUUGAGUUAUUAUCCAAAUAAACUCUGCCAAAUGGGAGAAGAAUCUAAAAAAAAAAUGUUCAGCUGAAAGAUGCUGUAGGAAAAGCCAAUGAGAUUUUUGCACACUGGAAUGUAAAAAGCCGACAAGGCCAAUAAAGCUGCAUGCAGCACAACCUGACAA